AUGACGACGAGGAGAAGUUUGAAGGCAUUUGCUAUAAGAAGUGUUCGAUUCUUACCGAUGGCACCUCAGCUUAUUAGAGACGGACUCACAGCAUGGGUGUACAGCAUUUUUGUGCUUCAUGAGCCCCUAAGAGCCGAUUUAUGUUUUUCAUGGAAGUUACUGUAUGUGGGUUGCAGGCUAGGUUGA